CCGUUACUCUCAGCGCCCUCUACACAGACGCCAAAUAAACGCCGGUCGUUUUAGUGCCCGCCAUAAUAAUCUCUUUAGGCUUUGCGUUUUCCUUACACCUGUAAACAACUCCGUUUUACCUACUUAGUGUAAUAUAAUUUAACUGAAAUGUCUGAUGACGGAUCGACAACUGUUGAGAAGAAAGGUCGUGGCAGGCCUAAAGCUAAUGGAACACAGUCGGAGGCCAAAAGUGACACGAAGAAAAGAGGUAGACAGCCAGCACCUACUAAAACAAAAGAAUCUACUAAAUCUUCUGAUGAUGAGCAAGCACCGGUAGCAAAGAGAGGGCGAGGUCGGCCCAAAGGUUCCAAAAAAAAGACUGCAACCAAGGCAAAGAGUGCACCUGUUGAAGGAAGAGGUCGUGGUAGGCCACGUAAGGAUGCUCCACCACCAAAAAAGGAUGCUGCAUCGACUGAAGAAGAGCAAGAUGAGGAUGAUGAAGAAGAAGGCUCUGACCAGUAAAAUGUGUUUAAUUUUUUGACACAUUGACACUCACUUUAGUGUAAUUUGUUUGUCAUGAUAACUCUAGCUGUUUUGGUCACUGCAACACAUUGAUUUUCUGUGAAUGUUCAGUAUUGUAAAUUUUGGCGUGAAGAAAUUUCGAUAAUGUUAGUAAUGAGGGUUAUCUUGACAGUACAAAAAUCUCAAACAAGAUUGUCUAUCCAAACUUUAAUCAUGUGAGAACUCAUGUGUAAGAAUUAAUGUUUAAGAUGCAAAGGUAGCUGCUAUAUAAAAAAGUAUUCCGUAUUAUAUUAAAAUGCAUUUACUUGGAAUAUUUUGUUAUAAAACUUACAUGAAUAAAUGUUGGGCUGACUUAGCUCUCCUUACACAUAGAAUGGUACAACUAUAAGAUAUAAUUGGUAAGAAAACUUUUUGUAGAUUUAUUCUUAGGUACUUUGUAAUCUCUGAUUUAUUAUUAAGAAUAAUUUCGUAUAUCUAAUUAUAUAGAUUUAUCAUUUUAACAUCAAGAGUUGAGUAUUAUUUUCUAUAAUAAAUAUUUUCAAUUUUCA